AGUGCCCUCUUUGGUUUGACACCUCUAAUGGCCGAAAAUUGCGAAAAUGAGCAAAAAUAUUGUUGCAGCUCCACUGAAUCGCAUUCCCGGCACCAGCCAGGCCAAGGAGAAGCACACCAAGGACCUGAAAACCCUCAGCUAUGUGGAAUUACUGGAAAUCAAAGACAGACAAUCAAAAUUUCUGUCGUUCAAGAAGCGGCUGCUGCAAUUGCCGGACAAAGGCAUACGCCUUCAGGAGUCCUACGAUAAGCUGCUGGACGAGAUUAGGAAGCGCGACGAUGUCGAGGCCACUGCCCAAAUGCUCAGCGAACUGAAUAUCGCGUCCAAGGGAAAGAUUGCGCUGAACAAUCUGGAAUGGAAUGGCCGCGAGAUUGUGGAUGAGGGGGCGCAUGUGGAGGAUAUACUGGACAGCGAUGAUGAGCUGGAAAUGGACCCGUUGCGGAUCAUAGCGCAGGGCACAAUGCAUGAGAAGAGGGUCAAGGUGCUGCCUCCACCACAGAGUCUUAUAACGGCUGGAGAUCUGGCCGACAUAGACACGUUCAAGAAGACUGCCGACUCGCCAGACUCUGCGUUGGAUGGCCAGAGCACGACCAGUUCGAUACCCGCGGAGUUCAUCGAGAUUGAUGCCUGCCUGGUGGCAGCCAAGUAUCCGCCAGAGGCGCAUUCCUAUCCCCCCGUCGAUCAGCAUUCCCUCUACCUCAUAGACAAAACCGAACCCAAGGACAGGGGUGCUGUGCGGGAGAAAUACAUGCCGUUCCGCACAACCAUCUCCAAUGUGCACGAUCCCGAUAAGGAGCGCAUACGGAAGAAGGGCAAGCACUGGGAGAUCACUGCAGCCACCCCGCCACUCAUCCAGCACAAGGAAGUGCAGAUGGUUCCGCUGGCGGAGUCAGCGACCCUGCAGCUGGACUUUAUGCAGCGGAUCAGAGAGCUGAGGAUUCAGCAGGCAGAGCAGCGUCUGGCACAGCAGCAGUCGUCGUCCAGGGCAGCAGCCUCGGGACUCCAGCUGCCGGAGGAGUCUGUUCUGAAGACCAAAGCAUCGUUCAGAAAUUAUCGCAAUCCCCAAGUGGAUUAUUUGAUUGAGGGCAGGCAAAAGCCCAGCGAACAAAAUGAAGUGCAUGAUCCAACGAGUCUCGACAGCGCAGCAGCCACAAGUGGCAUUCAUUACACGGUCUACGAGUGACGCCUUCCUGCCAUUUCCUCCUGGCCUCCUGGCUUCUCGUUAACAUUGCAAAUUAUUUAAUUGUGUAGGCAACAACAGAUAGCAGAUAAGAUUACAUGCGAUUAUAGCUCCCAUUUAAAUCGAAUAGAACUGUGU